GUAGGACAUUACGCUGCAGAUGGAACAUAUGUGCCAGCUGGUGGAACUUAUAUACCAGCUGGUGGAACUUAUAUACUAGCUAGUGGAACUUAUAUACCACCAAACCCUCCAAGAGAAGCACCUGCACCAGGACUACCUAAAACAUUUACAUCGUCACAUGGACAUAGACACAGGCAUGCACCAAAACCAACACAACAACCAGCACAACAACCAACAGUUCAAAACCCUGCACAACAACCAACAGUUCAAAACCCUGCACAACAACAACAACCACAAACAGAGCAAGGACAUAAAAGAAGUAGAGAACAAGGAAACCAAGAAUUCUUAAAAAUGCUUAAAGAAGAGUAUGGUUACCCAGAUACUCUUGACUUUAGUGACAGAUAUAAAGAAGCUAUUAGAAAGUUCAAGGAAGGAAAUACUGACCCGAACCUAUUUAGCUUUAUGGCUCAGCACCAAAUGGGAUAUAAUUUCAAACCUGGAAAAUACAAGCUCGCUAAGGGAUAUGAUUUAAUAGCAUAUCAUCCAAAUGACAUGGAUGAAUUUACUCCGUGA